UAUUGAUGGCGUCGGAACAGUGCGAGUAUUUGCGACCAAAAACGAGGGAUUGAACGUCGAUAUCUAUUUGUCAAAAGUUGAUUAUAUCGGAAAUAUCGCGGUAAAUUUUGAGUGAUAAACAAUUUAAAGUUACAAAGUGUUUACACUUUUUGUAGUUUUUCUCGGUAUCACUUCAUGGUAUUAACUUCAACGUAUAUGAAAUGUGUGGCAUCCAUUUUGAAGUGAAUUGUGCGUUUUAAGAUUGCCUAGACAAGCGUAGUGUAGUGUGUUGUGGAGCGACAAUGUCAGUAAAUUAAACACUUGGGUGCCGUUUUCUAUGAAAAUGAUUGUGAAUGUCAUGCUUCGAAGUGUUAGGCGUGUGUUGUAUGUAGUGUAAAUAUUUAAAAUGGAUUUCCUUUAAAUAUUAUGAGGAAACCAAGACAUGGAUUCAAAAAUACAAAUGCAGAUGAUGUUAGCAAAAAUGAUGGAAGAAAAACACACAUUUACGUAUAAGAAGUUGGUUGUGCCGAUGUCGAUGAGGAGUAUUUACUGGAAGUAUUUCGGAUUCCCUGCUACCGAUGAGGGAGAUAUUUUGACAAAGGUAAAAAUUGUCUGCAUACUUUGCAAGACGCAAAUAACAUAUAAUCGAAACACCAGUAAUUUAAGAAUGCACUUGCAAAAUAAACAUGCCCACGAGUUGUUGGAGCUGGAGGCGUCAGCGCCGCCCCGUAGGCCAAGCAUGGAUCCCAAGGAAAAGCGCGCAAUGAAAAAGCUAAAGUUGCCUGGACUUUCACCACAUAUUUACACAACGGCUGCGGACGGAACCGUGCAGAUUGAGGGAGAUAUACAGUUUAUAACGGAUCCAAAUAUAACUCUUCAGAACAUAGACGAUGAUUCGUCUAGUAACCAGAAUGUUCGUGUUGUCCUGAAGGGUAAUACGCAAGGAAUGAGCAAUCAAAAUGUUGCCAUUAUUCUUCCAGAAGAAAACAAUUCUAGUAGCCACAUCCAUAGUAUGGUGGAUGGUAAGACAGUGUCUGACGCAAUAGCAGAAUUUAUCAUUUUAGAUUUACAAUUACCUGAUGUUGUUGAAGGUCGUGGAUUUCAGAGACUUAUAGCAACGCUACGUUCACCAUGUGAAAUACCAAGUAAGACCAAGCUUGAAGAAGAAAUAAUACCCAAGAUAUAUGAUUCUUUCAAGGAUUCUGCCAUGUCAGCACUGUCAGGUAUAAACAGCGAAAUGUCAAUGAGUAUAGAGGAAUGGAGCCUUGCAAGUGGAGAACUGUAUAUCACUGUGUCAGUUCAUUACCAGCCGUCUGUUGAGCCAGUAAUGGAAACAAAAGUGUUAUGUUCAAUACACUGUGCUGCUGAUAUGGACUCGAGUCAGUGGAGUAUUACUUUUGAUGCAUUAUUUCAAGAGUGGGACCUAAAGAUAGAUCAUAUUACUGCUGUUGUUAUUGCCACAACAAGGGAAGAAAUCCUUACAGCAUUGUCGCAUAAGGGCCUAUCAUUGGUGCCAUGCCUUGUUCAUAGUUUACAGCUCUGUACAACUUCGUGUUUCGAGCAACCAGAAGUUGCAGCAGUCCUCAACAAAUGUCGAGCUAUUAUUGCCUCGAUUAAUAGAAAUGCUAAUGCAGCCGCCACACUUAGGAUACAAGAACAAAUGAUGCAGCAUUCUGUGUUUCAGAUUGAAGAGGGGGUGUUGGCAGCAGAUUACCCAAAGGUAUGGACGUCAACAUAUCUAAUGUUGGAACAGAUGUUAGUCCGAAGAAAUAUCCUGCCAUCAGUCUUAGAGAAUGUUGAAAUUGCUGAUAAAGAAGCUUUUAUAUUAAAUGACCAUGAAUGGAAAAUGUUAGAAGAUCUAGUGAUGAUCUUGGAACCAUUCAAGGUUACAAUUAUGACGUUAAGUGAAGAGAAGAUACCUCUCAUAUCACUUCUGAAGCCCCUCUUAUGGCAGCUCAACAGUUCUCACCUUAAAGUUAAGGAUACUGAUACAGAAUUUGCACAGAGCUUCAAAGCAACACUAUCAGAAAGUCUUUCAGCCAGAUACAGUGAUCCUGCAGUUGAUGUAUUGCUUCAGACUGCCACCACCUUAGAUCCACGUUUUAAGUUACUUCCGUAUGCUACCGAAGAAGACAAGAGCAUUAUUUCAGGACCAAUGAAACAAAUGUUAAUAUCAUAUGUUGAAGAAGAACGUGGGUGUCCUAAUGGAGAAGAAUCUCCAAGCAAAAAAAGCAGGUUAUCAGGUAUGGAGUUCCUAUUGGGAGAUCUUUGCACAGGUCAGUCUGGCAUGCCAGCUGAGGAACGAGCAAAUCUGGAAUUAGUGCAAUAUCAGUCAGAAAGUGCAGCUGCCCUCGACCAGUGCCCGCUAACGUGGUGGGCACGAGCUGCAGCAAAAUGCCCAAACUUGGCACGCCUCGCUCGCAAAUAUAACUGUGUUCCUGCUUCAUCAGUUCCACCUGGCCGAAUUCCUGUGGAAAACCAAGUACUGUUUCACAAACGGAGGGCUAAUCUGUCGCCAGAAUUAGUUGAUAAACUUCUUUUUCUCAAUGGAAACCAUGUGGUGUGAACAGUGGCUUCCAGUUUUUGAGUCUUUGCAGUGAUUGCAAAUCACUUUUAUUAAAAGCUGUUCAGUUUGUGUAUACUUCUGUAAAGCUGUUUAAAACAGUGCAUGAUGGAGUCACAUAUUGUGAAGACUUUUAUGGUGCUGUGAACACCUUGAUGCCUGUGUGUGUGUGUGUGUGUGUGUGUGUGUGUGUGUGUGUGUGUGUGUGUGUGUGU